AUGGCGGGCAAAGAGGCAACGGUUUAUAUCGUUGAUGUGGGCGCGUCCAUGGGAGAGAAGAGGGGAGGGCGCGAGCAGUCGGAUCUUGAGUGGGCGCUGGAGUAUGUGUGGGAUAAGAUCACUACCACGGUUGCAACGGCCAGGAAAACUGCGCUCAUGAGCGUCAUUGGCUAUCGUACUGAUGAUACGGAUCUGCGUGGCAUUGUAAAGGACACGCAGGGGUAUGAGCAUAUUACGGUGUUUUCAAACGUGAAGCAGUACCUCUUGGUCGAUAUUCGGAAUCUGCAGGAAAAGCUCAAGCCUAGUCAGACCGAUGAUGGGGAUUUACUAUCGGCUCUUGCGUUGGCUGUGCAGAUGAUUGACAGUACGACUAGAGGCGCAAAGGGAAAUCCGUUGAAGUAUGAUCGGAAGAUUAUUGUGGUCACAGAUGGCCGUGGUGAAUGGGACACGGAUGAUCUUGAGCAGAUUACUAUGAAGAUCAAGGAUGAGGCCGCUCCCAUCGAGGUCACGGUUCUUGGUGUGGACUUUGACGACGCCGAGAGUGGCUUCAAAGAAGAGGACAAGGAGCCUGAAAAGGCCAGGAACGAGGAGAUUCUGAGAAGUUUUGUGGAAGCCUGUGACGGCAAUUUCGGUACAUUGGCAGUUGCCAUUGAUCAAAUGCAUACGCCCCGCCUAAAGGAGACACGUCCAACGCCAAGCUACAAAGGACCACUCACGCUGGGUGACACUGCAAACUACGACGCCACCAUCACUAUAGAUGUAGAACGCUAUCCUUGCACCAUGCUUGCGAAGCCACCGACAGCGAGCUCCUUUGCAGUCCGCACUGAAGACGACAAAGCGGGGCCUAGCGCAGAAUCGCCAGCGACGAUGGUGGGAGAAGAUCAUGCGAUGACUGACCUGUCAGCCGUGCGUUAUCAGCGUCUGUAUCAGAUCGAUAAACCAGGAGAGCCAGACAGCAAGAUGACCGUUGAGCUGGACGAGCUCGAGCGCGGCUACGAGUAUGGACGGACGGCUGUCCAUAUCUCGGAAUCAGACAUGAACUGCGUCAAGAUGGAAACGGAGCCCUCAUUGCAAUUGGUUGGCUUUGUAAAGGCAGAGGAGUUUGAACGUUAUCUCCCAUUGAGUCGAUCGAGCUUUCUUGUUCCGCAAAAAGCGAAUCCUCAGGCACAACUUGCACUUUCGUCCUUCAUUCACGCUUUGUAUGAGGCCGAGUGUUAUGCCAUCGCAAGGCUUGUCACCAAGGAAAUGAAGCCGCCAGUGAUGGUCUUACUGAUGCCUCGCAUCGAACUAGAGUGGGAGGCCCUUGUCGACGUCGAACUGCCAUUCGAAGAAGACAUGCGACGAUAUAAAUUCCCACCCCUGGAUCGAAAGUUGACUGUAAGUGGCAAGGUAAUCACCGAGCACAAGGACCUCCCAACGGAAGACCUCGUCAACGCAAUGAGCGACUACGUCGACGCCAUGGACCUCUCGACAUUCGGCCGCGACGAAGAUGGAAACGAGGAAGAAUAUGCAAAGAUCGAAGACACAUAUGCCCCCAUCGUCCACCGCAUCAACCACGUCAUCCGAUGGCGAGCAACCCAUCCCGAUCCCGCACAGCCUAUCCCCGAUCCCCCAGAAAUCCUACUCAAGUACUCAACACCACCCCCCGCCCUAAUCGCACAGUAUCAAUCCACCCUCACCGUCCUCCAAAAAGCAGCCGACGUGAAAAAAGUGCCACCCAAAGUAAAAGGCCGCGGCAAACGCCAACGCACAGAGCGCGACAAACCCAUUUCAGGCCUCGACGUCGACGCCCUCCUCGGCAACCCCAAACGCGUCAAAAUAGACCCGGCCAACCUCGUCCCCUCGUUCAAACAAGCACUCGCUGCAACCGACGACCUCGCCGCCAUCCAAGAAGCUACCGAUGGCAUCGCGGCUGAGAUUCGCAAAUUGGUUACUAGUAGUGUGGGCGAUAAUGCGUAUGGGCGCGCGCUCGAAGCGAUUCGCGUCAUGCGCGAUGAGCUUACUGAGCUGGAGGAGCCGGAUAUGUAUAAUGGGUUCAUUCGAGGGUUGAAGGAGGAUCUUCUGGCGGGUAGGUUGGGGGGCAAUAGGAAGGAGAUGUGGUGGAAGAUUAGGGGGAGCAGGUAUGGACUUGUGGAUGUGAGGAGGAGUUUGGUAAGUGAGGUUUCCGAGGAGGAGGCGGCGAGGUUUUAUGACGGGGCAUGA